AUGGAUCCCUUACGCCCGAAGAGUGGUAUAUCCUCUCGCCCUUUAGACUCCCCUGCUCCGAGUGCAUCUUCAAGACCGAAAGUUCAACAGCUCAAACCUCAAGCCCUUGCCAACCGCCCUAGUACUCCCGCGACUCUGGACUCCCCUGCUCCAGGUGAAUCGUCAAGGCCGAAAGUUCAACAGUUGAAACCCCAAGCCCUUACCAACCGUCCUACUACUUCCGCAAUUCUGGUGUCCGCGCGACAAAAGGGCAACCCGAUCCUGUCCCAUAUAAAGCUCGUACCAUGGGAGUAUGCCGAUAUUCCCGCAGAUUAUGUGGUUGGCACCACAACGUGCGCAAUGUUUCUCUCCUUGAAAUACCAUCGCCUACACCCCGAAUACAUCUACGCCCGAGUGAAACAAUUAGCAGGCAAAUACAAUCUCCGCCUCGUACUGGUGAUGGUCGACAUACCAAACCAUGAAGACAAUCUCCGAGAGUUGUCCAAAACAUCCAUCAUCAACAAUCUGACCUUGAUAUUGUGUUGGUCCGCACCAGAGGCUGCGCAUUAUCUUGAGCUUUACAAGUCCUCAGAGAAUGCACAGCCCACCGCCAUUCGAGCGAAACAGGCUCAAUCAUAUAAAGAAUCGCUGGUGGAGUUUGUCACAGUACCCAGAAGUAUCAACAAGUCCGAUACCGCGAGUCUGAUCUCCACCUUCGGAAGUUUACAAAAUGCCAUAAAUGCACAGCCGGAGCAGAUUAGCGCUGUACCGGGGUGGGGAGAGAAAAAGGUCCAACAAUGGUGUCAUGCAGUCCGAGAAGACUUCAGAGUCGAGAGUGCGAAGCGGGCUUCUGCUCCUGCCAUAAAACCUCGGGCUCGACUGCCAGCCGUGAAUGUGGAUGACAAAAACGACCAGGAUAUCGAUGAAGAGGAUGAAGAGGAGGCGAUUCUUCCAAACACCAAUACGGUGUGGCGAGAGCGACGUGCAUUUGCAUAUUAUUUCGAAUGUGCUGCCUCCUCCAUUGGUGGUGGAUUGGAUGUUGAUUUCUGGCGCACUACCGUCCCACAAGUUUGCCGCUAUGAACCCGCUGUUUGGGAUGCCAUCAUCACCAUUAGUGCCCUAUUCGAGUGUCCCCAACAAAGCUCAGGACCUAUGCUACAACGCCGUGAUAAUCCUAUUUCUCUCGCUAAAAACAACCCAGAUGCCUUGGGUUGGUACUCACGCUCGGUAUCUGCUGUUCGCCAGCGCAUUGAGCAGGGUAGCAUAGACCUCUUUGUCGGACUGAUCAGCUGUGUGCUUUUCAUCUGCAUUGAGGCCAUCCAGGGAAACGCAGACGGGGCAUUGCAGCUUUAUCGUCAAGGUGUGCAGCUCAUUACCGCUUUGCGUUCCCAAAUAGCAUCUAGUGCUACGAGUAAAGCUUCCUUGUUGGAGGAUACUAUUAUCCCGGUCUUCAUCCGUUUGGGAACAUUUGCUCUCGCCGUCCGUGGGGCUCCAGUGACGGCUUUACUACAAGACACCGAGCAUUUCUCAACGGAACGGUUUGACUCACUCAAAUCUGCUCGGGAAGCGAUCGGGCUAUUAGCUGUAGAGAUCCCUCUCUUCGAAGCAACAUGCACCAAGCACUUACACGAGGCUCAUGUCUAUCAUCUACCCGGAGAAUUCAAUACUAUACUAUCCAGUCUGGCCACCCGACUGAGGAACUGGCAUACUGCGUUUGAUAAGUUGAUGACAAGCCUUCGGGCCAAAGACCUUCUCUCGCCGCAAGAGAUUGGUAUUAGUGCCCUUCUGUUGAGUUGUCAUGAAAUGUUACAUGUCAUGCUCGAGACCUGCACAUCAUCGUCAUUGAUGCAAUUCGACGCUUAUCUACCAAACUUCCGAAAUAUAGUUGAACAAUCUGCUAUUGCCCCUAAAGCCUCGGUGCGAUCAGACGGCACCCAACCACCAUUUACAUUUGACAUUAAUAUCGGUCUUCCGCUUUGGUUCACAAGUCUUCGAUGCCGUGAACCGCGUAUCCGACGCGCGGCACUGGCUCUACUCCGUCAAGCACCCUCAGUGCAAGGUUUUUACCAGUGCCACAUAUGGGCCGCCGUGGGCCAAAUAAUCAUGGAGCUAGAAGAAUCACAAGCAAUGGAAAUGAACGCAGCCCAUCAUCCACCUCACUUAGGUGUACUGGAGUCCACAAAAGAGCCAAUCCCCAGUUCCGAACUUGCUGCAAGCUCAUAUUGUGCUCGUGCGGACAUGGAGCCGAGAAUACCAACAGCACUGCUUAUCCCGGAGGAGGUGCGCAUUGGACCCAUUUCCGCCUUUCGGCCAAUAGAUGGGUUUCCUCCUGGAAUCACAGAGGCAGAUAUCGCGAAGUGGAACCGGGGCCCUGAUCAAUUCUUUCUGGGGGUUUCCAGGAUUGACCGUGGUCUGACUGGAGAUGCUUCUCGGAUGGUAUACCAAUACGUUCCUCUUGACUUUUGA